CUGAUACUGUACUCUAGCUUCUCUACCUAAUACAGACACUCGUUAAGCGAUCUAAAUACAUCCAGGCUACAUUCAGUCGACAUGGCCAGAAAGGACGACGGGAUCGUCUGGGACUUUGACACGAUCAGCUCGGUCUUCUUUCUCCUGCUCUUCCUCGUCAUCGUCGCGGGCGUCUUCCACCUGACCCGAAAGGGAGCCGCAGCAGCUGAACAGACCAAGGCAUCGCUGAGAGAGAAGGGCGUGACGUACCAAGAUGGUCAGAUGAAGGUACAGACGACUGGGGUCGCACCGAAUCGGGAGGAAUACAUCGCUCGGACUCAACGCGCCUUCGAACGCUCAGCAGCCAAGUUCGCCGCCCACCCCGCUGCAUUGACCUUCGGGCUCAAGGAAGACCUCGUCUCGGCCUCUCAGUUCGUAGGACAUGAGAUAUCUAGUCUGACUGGGCGUGCGGGAGGCAAGGGGAAGAGGGGUGUGAAUGGGAAUGGGCUUGGGAAGGCGGAUAGGAUGGGUGGUGGUGGUGGGGAUACUGGGCUGGAGGGAGAGACAGGAAGUGUGCAGGGGUUGGGCGGGGAGGCGUCGGGCACAGGAGCUGGAACACCCGCACCCAGACGGUUCGGAGGAGGGAUGUUUCGCCGGAACCCGAGCAAGACGUCAUAAUAGGUCUGUGUUGUUCCUGUAACAGAAACUAGUCGACGAGAGGAGGGAUGAAUUCGAAGGACUAUGUGUCUCUGGGCGGUAUUGCUACUCUCAAGAUUGUUGGCACAUUCAGAUCGGCGAGCUGUCUCAGAAUCAGGAGGAUUGGGGAACUUGUCUUAUCUGAAGCCCUCCUGCCACCAGAACCUCCUCGGAAUGUUUAAACCUGCUCGAACCCGUGCUAUGGUGUAGCUUGUAGAUAUGAAGACACAUUUGUAGAGACGAUCGAUCGAUAGAUUGUUGUCAGUAGCAGCAGCUCAACAGCUUCUCGCUUCUUAUUCAGAUCCUUCUGAUUGAAUAACAACGAC